AUGGAUGCGAACUGGACAUACGUGGACAGCUUGCUGGCAACAUGGAACGAGUGGGAGAUCCGCAUGCUUGUGCUCACCAGCCUCGCCCUCCAGGUGUUCCUCCUCUUCUCCGCCGGCAUCCGCAAGCGUAACGUCUCCGCCGUGCUGAGCCUGCUUCUAUGGCUGGCCUACCUGCUCGCGGACUCCAUCGCCAUCUACGCGCUCGGGUACCUCUCCCAGACGCGCGUGCCCAAGGGCGUCGACGUCGACCCACAGUCCUUCGAGCGCAACCACCGCAUCCAGGCCUUCUGGGCUCCGUUCCUCCUCCUCCACCUCGGCGGCCAGGACACCAUCACCGCCUUCUCCACCGAAGACAACGAGCUCUGGAAGCGCCACCUGCUCAGCCUCCUCACCCAGGUUGCCCUCGCCGUGUAUGUCUUCACCAAGUCGCACCCUGGCACCAACGUCCUAGUCCCCGCCGUGUUCAUGUUCUUGAGUGGUAUCGUCAAGUACGCCGAGAGGACAUGGGCGCUCAAGUGCGCGAGCAUGGACAAUCUGCGGAGCAGCAUGGUCACGACGCCGGAUCCGGGCCCCAACUACGCCAAGUUCAUGGAGGAGUACCGGUUCACGCGUGAGGCGGGGCUCGACGCGGAGAUCGUCAUCGAGCAGGAGCGGCGCGCGGAGGCUGCCGCUGCCGUGACCGUGGCCGUCGCAGAGGAGAGCGUGCCCUACACGACGGUCAUCACCGAAGCGAGCCACUUCUUUGUCAUCUUCAAGCGACUCUUCGUCAACCUCAUCCUCAGCUUCCAGGAGCGCACACGGAGCCAGGCCACGUUCCUGCGGCUCACGCCAGAGCAGGCGUACAAGAUCAUCGAGAUCGAGCUGUCGCUCAUGUACGACACCCUUCACUCCAAGGCGGCAGUGAUACACACCUGGUACGGCCGCCUGUUCCGGUGGCUGACGCUCCUCUCGACGUCUACGGCCUGCAUCCUCUUCAACGUGCUUGACAAGGGUAAACACAAAUCAUACAACCGCAUCGAUGUCUGCAUCACUAACAUUUUGUUUGGAGGAGCGCUUUGCCUGGAGGUGUAUGCCAUUGGGAUGAUGCUUAUAUCCUACUGGACAUAUGCCGCUCUGCAAGACUGCAACUGCCGGUCACUGGGCAGCCUGGUGUUCCGGAGCAUUCAGUAUUUCCGGCCGGAAAGCCGGGCGAAGUGGUCCAAUUUGAUGGCCCAGCACAAUCUCAUCAGCUUCUGCCUCCUGGACAAACCAACCAUGCUCACCAAGGUCUUGAGCGUCCUCGGUCUCAAAGUACACUGGGACAGCUGGCUGUACAUCCGGCACAUCGACGUGUCACCGGAGCUCAAGGUCUUGGUCUUCAGGGAGCUCAAGGAUAAGACGGUGAGCAUCGUGGACGCCGAGAGUUACCGCAAGUUCAGCAACCACAGGGGCCAGUGGGCUCUGCAGUGCAAGGGCUAUUACAAGGAGCUCGGCUGGAGCGUGGAGGUGGAGUUCGACGAGAGCAUCCUCCUCUGGCACAUAGCCACAGACCUCUGCUUCCACUCAGAGGAUGGCGACGGCGACAACGCCGCCAAGAUCUCUCAUUACGUUGAUAUCAGCCGGGCGAUAUCGAACUACAUGCUUUUCCUGCUCGUCGCGCGCCCCUUCAUGCUGACCGCGGGCAUCGGGCAGAUCCGGUUCGGCGACACCUGCGCGGAGGCCAAGAACUUCUUCGCGCGGGCAGAGAUGGCGCACCCAGACGCGAGGGCCGCGGCGAGGAUGGUGCUCGACGUGAACGCCGAGAUCGCGCCGAGGGACGUGAAGGGCGACCGAAGCAAGUCCGUGCUGUUCGACGCGUGCCGGCUAGCCAAGUCGCUGCUGGAGCUGCAGCCGCACAAGCGGUGGCGCGUCAUCCGCGUGGUGUGGGUGGAGAUGCUCUGCUACGCCGCGAACAAGUGCCGGAGCAACUUCCACGCCAAGCAGCUGAGCGCCGGUGGCGAGCUGCUCACGGUCGUUUGGUUCUUGAUGGCGCACUUUGGGGUAGGCGAGCAGUAUAGGAUUGAGGCGGGGCAUGCGAGAGCUAAACUAAUUGUAGAGAAGAACUGA